AUGGCUGCUGUAAGACGUCUGAUUGAUGAGGACACCAGUAGUCUGGACAAUUUUGAGAUUCUGUUUACAAUGCUUUAUAGACUGUUACAGCUUUUUUAUAAUCAGCUCUUUCCGGAAAAGUCAUCCAAUGGAGUUCCUAGAAGAGUUCAUUUGAAGUCCUUGAAGAGUUCAUUUGAAGGGCCAACAACACCAGACAUCAUGGACAUUUCAUCAGGAAGUUGUAGGCAGAUAUCAGGUACGACAAGUACAGCAACUGUCAGAAUUAACAGAUUAAACCCCGCACUAUCAAAUGUCAGCAAGCAACAGGCGUCCCAACCAACACCCCAACAACAACAGCAAGAGCAGCAACCAAACAUUCAACAACAAGACCAGAAUCAACAACAACAACAACAACAAAAGAUACAAGCUUUGAAUCAGUUCCGAUCUGUUUAA